AUGAUAUCCAGUAGGCUUAUCAGUCGUUGGAGUCAACCACUGUUUGAAUCAAUUUGUUCGAUUUCUACCUGUCGUGUUGUAGGUCAAUCAAGUCCUAGUAACUCCAUCCAUACUAAAAAUAAGAAUAUGCUUGAUGAAUAUCGUAGCCGAGCAUCGUUCUCUGUUGAACGGAUGCGAAAUAUUUUCGAAGAUGAACCAUCACAAGCGUAUCGAACUAAAAUUUGGUCGAUAUUAAAUUCUAAUCCUAUCUUUCAUCAACCUCAAUAUCCACUUUCAAUCGAUGAAUAUCGCCAAUUAACAUAUCGUCGCUAUCAUGAAUUAUCUAAAUUAAAUUUAUUAACUGAUGAAGAACUAUUUGAAAAUCCACGUUAUAAAAUAAUCCUUGAACAAUGUUUGACUAUGUAUGAUUCAUCGUGUCAUGCGAAAUAUUCACUUCAUACAACUGUAUUUCGUGAAACAAUACGUAAAUUAGGUACAAAAAGACAUGAUUAUCUACUUGAUUCAGAUAAAAGCGGACACAUUUUUGGAUGUUUUGCAUUAACUGAAUUAUCACACGGUAGCAAUACGAAAGAUAUGCGAACGACAGCUAUUUAUGAUCCAUCAACUCAAGAAUUUAUAUUAAAUACACCUGAUGUUGAAGCAAUGAAAUUUUGGGUUGGUAAUUUGGGUUACCAUGCAACGCAUGCUAUUGUUUAUGCUCAACUUUUCACAAAUAAUAUAUGUCAUGGUCUUCAUUUAUUCGUUGUUCCCAUUCGGGAUCCAGUAACAUAUAAAACAUUCGAUGGAGUGGAAGCUGGUGAUAUUGGAGCAAAAUGCGGUUGGAAUGGUCUUGAUAAUGGAUUUGUAAUGUUUCGAAAUUAUCGUAUUCCAAGAGAAAAUUUACUUAAUCGACAUGGUGAUAUUUUAUCUGAUGGAACUUAUAAAACUCCAUUUAAGGCAAGUAAAAAGUUUCUCGAUUAA